AUGUCGGCAAUAAGUCUUACUAUACUUGGAAUUGUGGCAUUUAGUUUGUGGAUAUACUUUCUUUGGUCACGCAGGCGUUUUUAUAAAAUUGCUUGGCAACUUCCCGGUCCACCAAGUUUACCCUUAAUCGGUAUGGGUUUAAAUAUGAUGAACCCCGAAACACUAUUACCUUAUUUGGAAAAGAUAUCGGAAAAAUACAAAACCCCUUUUAUUUCAUGGAUGGGUAUUAACUGUGUUUUGUAUGUUAAUGAUCCGAAUACAAUGGAGAAAGUAUUCAACUCACCUCACUGUACGAAUAAGGGAGAUUUUUACCGAUUUAUGUCAAGUGCUAUUGGUGAUGGUCUGUUUACUUCAAGUUCACCUCGCUGGAAUAAACACCGUCGCUUAAUAAAUCCUGCAUUCAGUCGCCAAAUUUUGGACAACUUCUUGCCAAUAUUCAACACUGAAGCCAAUGUUUUGUUGAAGAAAUUUGGAACUGAAGGCCAAGAUGGCAAAGUUAAAUUGGAAAUCUACGAAAUGCUUAAAAAAUCAGUACUGGAGGCUGCAUGUCAAACUACAAUGGGUAAGAAAAUGGACUUUCACAAUGAUGGAUCCGCUGUUAUAUUUGAAUCAUACAAUAUACUUACUGAAGUAUGUGCUAGAAGAAUGCUAUCACCAUGGUUAUAUCCUGAUAUACUUUAUCAGUAUUCUUCAUUAUAUUUAAAGCAAAAGAAAGUUGUGAAUGUGCUAUUUGGGUUCAUUGAAAACCUACUAUCAGAUCUAAUGACGACACAAGACAAGUCUGCAGAUGAGCCAGCCAAUACUGAUAAUAAUGACAAUGAUAUUUUUGUUAAACGCAAACAAAAAGAAAUUUUUAUAGAGCAAAUGCGAAAUAAUGUUAAUCAGGGGCAAUUUACAUGGAAAGAUGUACGUGAUGAAGCGAAUGUCACCAUAGCAGCUACCUUUGAGACCACUUCUACUGCCUUAUAUAUAGUAUGCCUAUGCUUAGCCAUGCAUCCAGAAUCUCAAGAAAAAUUAUACGCCGAGCUUGUGGAAAUAUUUCCCGAUAAUAGUGAUACAAACAAUAUUUAUCAUGAGGUGACCAGUGAGCAUUUACAACGUAUGACAUAUACUGAAACAGUCAUCAAUGAAGCAAUGCGUUUAUUUGCUCCAGUUCCAGUUGUUAUACGCAGAGCAAUGGCAGAUUUUGAACUACCUAAUGGUGUUGUUAUACCUAAGGGUACACAAAUUGUUAUGGAUAUUUUUAAUAUGCAGCGCAAUAAGGAUAUUUGGGGAUCAGAAGCACACUCUUAUCGUCCAGAUCUGCAUUUUGGACCUGAUGCACAACUCAAAAGUCAUCCAUUUGCUUUUGUUCCAUUCACGAAGGGUGUCCGCAUGUGCAUCGGUUAUCGAUAUGCUUUGAUGUUGAUGAAAGUGGUAUUGGCAAAAAUAUUUCGAAACUACCGUUUACAAACUGAUGCCAAAAUUAAAGAUAUAAAUGUAAAAUGUACAAUAUCUUUAAAAUUACACAAAUAUCCACUAUGUACAGCGACUAAAAGAUAAGCAGAGUGGAAUAAUACCAUAGUUUCAAAAUAUUAAAUGUGAAGUUAUUAUACUGAAAUACGUAUUCUCUUUGUCAUACUUUUCCAUUAUAUGCAAUAUGGUGCUAUGAGUUAAGCUGAAUAAUAGCUUAAGUCUUUUGAUUUCAGUGGAAUAAUUA